AUGCCAGAGGAUGUUCCCGUCGUGACCACAGAGACGGGAAAACUGCGCGGUACAGUUACAUUUGCUACAGACCUGCAUGACAGACCGGUCUACACUUUCCUGGGCGUCCCAUAUGCUACUCCUCCCGAGAACGAGCUACGUUUCCAGGCUCCGCUCCCAGCCCAGCCGUGGACAGACGAGAGAGAUGCUGCCCAGUACGGGCCACACUGUGCACAGGACAUCGACCUGAUGUUCUCCAAGUUCUACCCGGUUCGACCGCCUCACAACACCACCAGCGAGGAUUGUCUCUAUCUCAACGUAUUCACCACGACAUUGGAAUCACAGGGAACUGGACUUCCGGCGUUGGUUUGGUUCCACGGCGGUGGCCUGUCAUUCGGUACGGGUGCCCUGUACCCGGGCACCGCUCUGGCAGCUCAUCAGGACCUGGUAGUGGUCACGGUCAACUACCGGCUCGGUCCGUUCGGCUUCCUCAGCACAGGGGACAACCUUUCGCCUGGGAACUACGGUCUUCUAGAUCAGGUGGAGGCUCUAAAGUGGGUUCACGACAACAUCCAGUCGUUCGGAGGAGACCCAGGCUCUGUGACGGUUGCCGGGCAGUUCGGAGGAGGAGCCAGCGUGUCCUACCACCUCCUGUCUCAGGCCAGCAGUGGACUGUUCCAUAGGGCCAUCUCUCAGAGCGGCGUGGCCACGUCUUUCCCUCAUGCCGAGUUUAACAAGCCACACAACGAGUUUGUUUCUCAGGCAAAGUCAGUCGGGUGUAAGAGAUUUGCGAAGAAAACCGAGAAAAUCCUUGAGUGUCUUCGAUCAACGGAGACUGAAGACCUCGUGAAAAGUCGGAAGGGUGAGAUUUUGUCCCGCUGCCUUCCUUGCACCGACGGGGCGUUUCUUAAAGACUCGCCAAGAAACCUGCUGAAGAAAGGAGAGUUUUCAAAGGUGGACUACAUGCUGGGUGUGAACAGUGCGGAGUUCGGACACGUCCUGCCCAGUCUGAUGUCUACUGAGUUCGGGAAGGGCAAGUCUCUGAAGGAAGUCACCACCAUCCUGAUCGGUUAUGCAAACAUCCUCUAUGGCGGUGCACAGCGCCUGCCGGAAAUGCACGAGGAACUGAUAAACGAGUACCUGUCGGAGCUGUCACGUGACCCGCGGGAGGUGGAGAAGAUUUUCACUGACCUGCAGUCUGACACACUCUUCAUCGCGCCGACAACAGACAUGGCGGACAGAAUGGCAGCCGCCGGUGCAAACGUCUACCUGUACGAGUUCCGACACCGCCUGUCACGUCACCGAUGGGGCACGAAGUCUUCCGGAGCGGAGCAUGGGGACGAGAUGCCCCUUCUGUUCGGUGCCCCAUUCAUGACGUUCACUGACCCGAACAACGCUGGGAACGAGCUCAGUUUCACAGAGGAGGAGAAGAGUCUAAGUUUGGACAUGAUGGCGUACUGGGCUAACUUCGUGCGCACAGGUGACCCCUCGAACCCGGUCGGUGCUACAGACACAGGGUCACGUGACCUACCCACCUGGCCAGCCUACACUCCUGACGUCAGCGCCUACCUCAAACUGGACGUGACGUCAUCAGCAGAUGUCGGACUGCGCAGGCGCCAGGUGACGUUAUGGAACAAGGUUCUUCCGGAGAUGGCGGACGAUGACGCAACACAAGACAACGAUCCUAAAGAUGAACUUUGA